AUGUCCCACCUCGCCUCAAACGCAGCAAUCUUCUCCCCCUCGGUCGCCCGCGCCGCCGCCUCGACUGCAAAGGACUGGUCGUUUGUCGACGCCUGGCUGGCCUCCAAGUUCCGCCCGCGGCCACCGCCGCCCUUUGAGCGCAACCCGGACACGCUCCGCGCCCUGCUCGCCCUGGCGACCCUCAACGAGUCGGCCGACGACCAGCGCCGCCUGCUCGACCGCGUGGAGCGCUCCGCCCUGGCCGAGGUGGAGGGAUCGGCACCGUCGACCUCGCCGCGCGGGCUACAGGACCGAUACGGUGGAGCCUCCGCCGCCGACGGCACCGACGGCACCGACGUCGACAACGUCCGCGACGCCCUCCUCGCCGCCCUCGAAGCCUCCCUCACCCGCGACGGCCACGCUGCCCUCGACGCCAUGGCCGCCGCCUCUGCAGAACUUGGUCUCGCAUCGCCGACGCCGGCAGCCAUCUCGGCGUCGCUUGUCGCCGUGGCCUCGCAGACGGCCGAUGUCAAGGCCGACGCAGGCCGCGUGGCCACGCUCCGGCGACACGUCGACGCACAGAUCGCCGAGGCCGAGUCGCUGGCGGCCGAGGUCCAGGGCCCCGCAUACCGGCCGCCCGCCGACCUGGCCAAGCUGAACCUCGACACGCAGCGGCGCAUCAGGGGUCUCGAGGCAAAGGUUCCUGAGCUCCGCGACCGCGCCGCCGCCCUGGCCGCCGGCGUGCCGAGUUUGACGGUGGAGCAGGUGCGCGCAGAGGAGGAGGCCUACCUGGCCCUCUUGCAGCAGAAGAAGGAGCUCGACGCCCGCGUCAGGGUGUUUCAGGGCCUCCCGCCUGAUACCGCACAAGCCAGGCGCGAGCUUGAAAGCCGUCGCGCUGAGCUGCAGCGGUUGACGCAACGCCGUGAUGCUGUGUUUGAAGGCCUGGUCGAACGAGAGACGCCACGCAAGCCUCGCUGA